UGCCCCGCGCCCCCCCAGCGCGCGCGCUCCCCGGGAACUGCGCAAUCGGCGUGGCCACCUGCUCUCCUGCGCGACGUCACCCCCGCCCAGCUGUGCGCAGUCGGCCCACCUCCCAGAGCCUCCGACCUGCGGGUGGCCUACCGAUUUUUGGAUCGCUGCUGCCCUCGGGUGCAUCCUCCGCUGAAUAAGCGCACGGUGUCCUCAGGCCACAUUUCCAGACUUGUCCGAGUCUUCCGAAGCGAGUGUCCACUGGAGUCCUCCGGAUCCAAGAGGGAAUUCCACUUUCCACAAAGCCUGAUGGACCAGCGCUCCCAGCUUGCCCGGCUUAGCACACAAUUACUUAAAUCACACUCACUCAUUCUCCCUUCUAUUUUAUCCCACUCUGACUUCUGGCCAACGCCAGGAACCCCACUCAUACUGUGGAAGAUUAGUGCAUUUCACCUUCACCGCGCAAUUAAACCUGGGACUAAUCCUGCAAAUUGAGCAAUUAUUUAUAUUGGUGCCAUCUAUAAUUUUCUCUGCACCCACUCCUUCCUUCUGUCCCACAGUAUCUUAUUCAGAGAGAUGCUCCCCGGCCCUAGAUACCCACUCUACUCUGCGGCUGGCUUUCUUUGCCACUCCUAAACUAACUUCUCCACAACUUCAAGGGAAGGACCCAGGAAAGAAUGCGACUCUUCCUAUGUGCCAAGAAGUUCUCGAAAGAUCAGUUUCGAUUCCUCAGAAGCUAUUCUGGGAAAGACCCAUCGGACCCCGGGGAAUCAGAUCCCCGAGGCAAACUCCAAAAAAGAAGUGAAACAAAAUAAAUAAAACGUUUUGUAGGGCUUGUGGGUUUGUGUGCUGAACACAAUCCACACAAGACCAAAUAGGCUUCAGUGUGUGUGUGUGUGCUGGGCCAAAGGUCCUGUCCCAAAGCUGAGUCCCGGAUCCCUAGCGAUUUCUUUCUCUUUUUCUCCCUGGUACCAUCCCCUUGCCACUCCCCGCGCGGGCGCGCUUCUUUUCAGUCUCUGGCAGCAGAGCCUACUCAACCAACUGUGAUUUCGGGGAAGUCAGAUGACCUUUUCUCUCCCCUGGCUCUCCGGUAUACUGUCCUGGAAACCAUGGCCCCUCUGCUGGCUCUCCUCUGCCUGCAGCUGCUGGGCCCAGGCCUGGCUGCUCUCUCCUGCCCUCAGAAUGUCAAUAUCGUCGGUGGUAAUUUUACCCUCAGCCAUGGUUGGGCCCCUGGGAGCCUCCUCAUCUACUCCUGCCCCCUGGGCAGGUACCCGUCCCCAGCCUGGAGGCACUGCCAGAGCAACGGACAGUGGCAGACACCAAGAUCUAGCUCACUUCCCACCCUGCGAUCCUCUCCGUUGCUUAAAGCAGUCUGCAAACCUGUUCGAUGCCCAGCUCCUGCAUCCUUUGAGAAUGGCAUCUAUACCCCUCGGCUGGGGUCCUAUCCUGUGGGUGGCAACCUGAGCUUCGAGUGUGAGCAGGGUUUCACUUUGCGCGGUUCGCCUGUGCGGCACUGUCGCCCCAACGGCCUGUGGGAUGGAGAGACGGCUGUGUGUGACAAUGGGGCUAGCUACUGCCCCAACCCAGGCAUCUCAGUGGGCACAGCUCGGACAGGCUCGAGCUUUGACCUUGGGGACAAGGUCAGUUACAAAUGCUCCUCCUCAAAUCUGGUAUUGACCGGCUCUGCAGAGCGGGAGUGUCAGAGCAACCGAGUGUGGAGUGGGUCGGAACCCAUCUGCCGACAGCCGUACUCUUACGACUUCCCGGAGGAUGUAGCAUCCGCCCUAGGGACUUCCUUUAACAACCUGCUUGGAACCAUCAAUCCCACCCAGAAGAGGACAGAAAAUCUGGGCCGUAGAAUCCAAAUCCAGCGCUCGGGUCAUCUGAACCUCUAUCUGCUGCUUGAUGCUUCUCAGAGCGUGUCGGAAGAAGACUUCGAAAUCUUCAAGGAGAGCGCCUCACUCAUGGUGGACAGGAUCUUCAGCUUUGAGAUAAAGGUCAGCGUAGCCAUCAUCACCUUCGCCUCUCGGCCUAAAACCGUCAUGUCGGUCCUGAAUGAGAGAUCCCGGAAUGUGAUGGAGGUGAUGGCCAGUCUGGACUCUGUCCGCUACAAAGAUCACGAAAAUGCCACUGGCACUAACACUUUCGAGGCUCUCAAUAGCGUCUACUUCAUGAUGAAUAACCAGAUGGAUCGCCUUGGCAUGGAGACCUCUGCCUGGCGGGAAAUCCGCCACGCCAUCAUCCUUCUGACCGACGGAAAAUCCAACAUGGGUGGCUCUCCCAAGCCAGUAGUCGAUAACAUCAGAGAGAUCCUGGACAUCAAUCAGAAUAGAAAUGACUACCUGGACAUCUAUGCUAUUGGGGUGGGCAAGCUGGAUGUGGACUGGAAAGAACUGAACGAGCUGGGGUCCAAGAAGGACGGCGAGAGGCAUGCCUUCAUCUUGCAGGAUGCAAAAGCUGUGCAGCAGGUCUUUGAGCACAUGCUGGAUGUCUCUAAGCUCACCGAUACCAUCUGUGGGGUGGGGAACAUGUCCGUCAAUGCCUCUAACCAGGAGAGGACACCUUGGCAAGUCACCUUUAAGCCCAAGAGCAAGGAGACUUGCCAGGGGUCGCUCAUCUCUGACCAGUGGGUGCUGACAGCAGCUCACUGCUUCCAUGACUCUCCGAUAGAGGACCAACACCUGUGGAGGGUCAUCGUGGGGGAUCCCACCGCUCAGCAUGGCAAAGAGUUUCUUGUGGAGAAGGUGAUAAUUGCCCCAGGGUUUAAUGUCUACGCAAAGCGGAACCAGGGCAUCUCAGAGUUCUAUGCUGAUGACAUCGCCUUGCUGAAGCUAUCUCAGAAAGUGAAAAUGUCCACCCAUGCCAGGCCCAUCUGCCUUCCUUGCACUGUGGAGGCCAACAUGGCUCUGCGGAGAUCCCCGAGCAGCACUUGUAAAGACCAUGAGACAGAGCUGCUGUCACAGCGGAAAGUUCCUGCGCACUUUGUAGCUUUGAAUGGGGACAGACUGAACAUGAACCUCAUGACAGGUCCUGAGUGGACAAGGUGUAUCAAGGCUGUCUUACAAAGCAAAAACAUCUUCCCCGGCUUGACAGACGUUAGCGAGGUGGUGACAGACCAGUUCCUGUGCAGCGGGAUGGAGGAGGAAGAGGACAACCCUUGCAAAGGAGAAUCUGGGGGAGCUGUUUUCCAUGAGCGAAGAUACAGGUUUUUCCAGGUGGGCCUGGUGAGUUGGGGUCUUUUCGACCCUUGUCAUGGUUCCUCCAACAAAAACUCCCGCAGGAAACCUCCGCACGGUGUUCUGCCGAGGGACUUCCACAUCAAUCUCUUCCGCCUGCAGCCCUGGCUGAGGCAGCACCUGGAUGGUGUCCUGAACUUUUUGCCCCUUGGUCACUGACUUCUUUAUUAGUCUGAACCUCCUGUCUAAUACCUCUGAGUGUUCUCACUCCUGGGUGCAUAAAUCCUGGGCCCCAGGAACCCAGAGACAGUGGCAGAAGCUAGGGAACUCCAAGGUUGUGCCAGGACCGCUGUGCCACCUGCGAAGCAAGUCUCCCUCUGGCAUGGAUGACCCGCGCUUCUUUUGCUUUCACACGGAAUUUCCCAGUUAUGAAAUUAAUAAAAAUCAAUGAUUUCCA